AACUAAUACCAAAAUUCAUGGUGCUGGUUUUACUACUGUAACUGUACCAAAUGGAAGUAAUGGAGAUAAUCGUCUUUGGUCAAAUUUGGUCGUGAAAAUAAUUUACACUGAAAUAUUGGAUCACACUGAAGAAGCUUUGAAAUAUUUGAUGAGUUCUGGUCAUACCCAUGAUUGUAUUAUCAUAAAAAUUGACACAGUUUUUUAA